ACAGCACUAACUCAAUCUAUACAAAAGAUUUAAUAAAAUUUUACCAAAGUUUGUCAAAGAGAUAAACAUGACUAUAAAAAAUAGAGAGAGAAUUCAAUCAUUAAAUUUCGAUGAGUCACGAAGAUUUCAUAUUAAUUAAUUAUGAUUUUCAUAAAAAUUAUCAUAAAUAUAUUUUAAAAAAAAAACCUUAGAACGGUGUGCGUGUGAGAGAUAGAAAACACGAAGAGGGGGUUUCAUUUGUCUUUCUUUUUCCGUUUCGCUGCAAAUCGAGAAUUAAGAGAGAGAAAGAGAAACAAAAAAAGAGAUAAAGUAUUUUGAUCGCGGCGGAACCCUAACGAGAGGGGAUCGGAAGAAGAUGAGCGGCAAAGUCGGGGGACAGAAAGGUUCAUCGUUGUCGGGAAUUCCGGCGGCGAGUCGGAAAAUGGUACAGAGCUUGAAAGAAAUAGUUACUAAUAUACCUGAUAACGAGAUCUAUGCUACUCUUAAAGAUUGUAACAUGGACCCUAACGAAGCUGUUAGUCGUCUUCUAUCACAAGAUCCUUUUCAUGAGGUUAAGAGUAAACGAGAAAAGAAAAAAGAGGGUAAGGAUAUAACAGAACCGCGGUCUCGUGGGACUAAUAAUUAUAAUAAUAUAUCGAGUCGCGGUGGUGGUGGUGGUGGUAGGAGUGGUACUGACCGAUAUGCUGGCCGUGGUGGUGGAGGUGCAAGUUCAAAUCAUUUUAGUAAUAGUGAUUAUGGUCUACCACAGGGUAAACCUGCAUUUAAGAAGGAAAAUGGAACAGCUGCUUAUGGAGGUGGAGGAUCCAUGUCGUAUGCAUCUACUGUCACGGAUAAUAUUGUGAACAGGCAGCCACCAUCUUGGAGUGAUUCUGUAGGUGUUUAUGAAGGACUACCUUCAUCACAACAUGGUGGAGUGCAAUCUGCAUGGACGGUGAGCCCAGGUCAGGUGUCAAUGGCUGACAUUGUCAAGAUGGGUAGGCCACAGGCCAAGACAUCCGUGCCUAACUCUUCUGCAGCCUCACAUCACAACUUGAAUGUUCCAGAGACAAAUAAUGAUCGAGGCUUUGUUGUUAACACUGAUGUUCAACAGAAUGAUGAAUGGCCUUCUAUUGAGCACCCACCAACAGUUUCUGUAUCCUCUGUUGUUGAUCCCCAUCCAAAUUCUGAGUAUUAUACAGAUUCAUCUAACUUUGGUGAAGCUAAUAGGCAACUGGAGAACCAUGUAAAUGAAUUUGUAGCUGAAGAAGGUCAUGUUGAGAAUGAGAAUCUUGAUGGUGUUGUAUCUGCUUCUGUACCUGCUAAAAUUAUAUCCGAUGAUAAUCCAGGAAGUGCUUCUGCAUAUGAUGAUAGUUUGUACCAGGACAUAAAUUCUUACCAGUCUCAUCGGCAUCCUUUUGAUGAUAAUGAAGCUGAAAAUGGUGUUUCCUCCGUGGCGGCAGACUUAGAGCAGCUAAAUUUACAAACAGAUGAUCAAGAAACAGAAUCACAGGAGGACAAUUCUGACGUCCUUAUUCCAAAUCAUCUACAACUCCAUACUCCAGAAUGCUUUAGUCUGAGCUUUGGAAGUUUUGGAUCUAAACAAAACGCCUCCGUUUCUGGUGCCGGAACACAUGCAUCUAGGCCCAUAAACAGUAACUUGGAGGAGACUUCUGGAGCUCCUGAUGUUUCAGCAAUUGGGUCCUCAGAUGCCAAAAAUUCUGACUAUUAUGGAGAUGAGCAUAUUACUACUACCUCAGGUGGUAAUAUAGCCCACAUAACUGGUGUGGACGCUAGGACUUAUGAACAUUCUUCCAUUUCACAACCAGAGGCUUUAAAAUCUGAACCCUCUGAAACUGCUCAGGAAAAUCAAUAUUCAUUUCCUUCAUCUUCGCAUGAGUUCACCUAUGAAAAUGCCCAACAACAGAACACCUAUGAAAAUGCCCAACAACAGAACACCUAUGAAAAUGCCCAACAACAGCACACCUAUGAAAAUGCCCAACAACCAGAUGUCACAUAUCCUCAUUCACAGACAAGCUCACAGAUCCAGAACUUAUCUCCCUUCUCCAGUGUAAUGGCAUAUACAAAUUCUUUGCCCAAUGCUCUAUUGGCUUCAACGGUUCAAACAGCUAGGGAGGAUAUCCCAUACUCACCCUUCCCUGUUACACAGUCAAUGCCUACGAAAUAUAGCAACAUGGCUUCUUCAAUUGGUGGUCCCACUAUAAACAUGUCAGAGGCUUUAAGGGCAAACAGCAUUUCGACGCCUCAAGCUCAACCUAAUAAUCAACAAGCUUUGCCUGGUGCUGGUGUUGCCACUGGACCUUCACUUCCUCAACACCUCGUGCAUCCCUACUCACAGCCUACUCUUCCUUUGGGACAUUUUGCUAAUAUGAUUAGUUAUCCGUUCAUGCCUCAGAGCUAUACCUACAUGCCAUCGGCAUUUCAGCAGGCUUUUGCCGGAAAUAGCACAUACCACCAAUCCCUGGCAGCAGUGCUUCCACAAUAUAAAAAUAGUGUUUCUGUCAGCAGCUUGCCUCAGUCUGCUUCUAUUCCAUCUGGAUAUGGUUUUGGAAGUUCCAACAGCAUUCCGGGUGGAAAUUAUCCUUUGAAUCAACCAGCUGCCCCUACUAGCUCAACCAUUGGAUAUGAUGAUGUUAUAAGCGCCCAGUAUAAGGACAACAAUCAUAUGAUUUCACUUCAGCAGCAGCAGCAGAAUGAGAACAACCCUAUGUGGGUUCAAGGGCCUGGUUCCCGAACAAUGUCAGUUCCUCCCAGCACAUAUUACAGCUUCCAGGGACAGAAUCAACAACAGCCAGGUGGAUUUCGGCAAAGCCAGCAGCCAUCACAGCAACAUUUUGCACCCCACGGGUACCCAAAUUUCUACCAAUCUCAGAGUGGGAUUUCUAUGGAACAUCAGCAGCAGAACCCGAGGGAUGCUUCCCUUGCUGGCUCUCAAAGCCAACAACCUAAGCAGUCCCAACAACAAUUAUGGCAAAACAGCUACUAAUCCUAAUCACCUCCCAGUUUUUAAGGGUCUUGAUAUGAUGCGACUUUGAGAAAAUGACCAAUCAAUCCGAGGCGUUACCACGGUCUAAUGUUAAAUGUACCAUUGUUUGGUCCGAAGAGACCUCUGAUAUGGCCGCUGCUCCCUUGUAUUCUACAUAAAUUAUUAUGCUUGUGAUGUUAACUUAGGUUUUAAGUGUGCUGCUAAUUUUGUGUACUACGUACAAUAAACUUUUUUCCAUUUUACAUUUUUCUCAUGUUAUAGUGAAAAGUUUCGUAUUCUGUCUCA